ACAAUGCAACGCGCACAGCCACGUAAACACAGGAAGAGCUGCGUGGGUUUGUAGGAGUGGGAGCGUCAGGAAUUGUGCUGAGCCGAGCCGAGCCAAGAUGAAUUCCAGCAAUAAGCGAUGACGCGUUUUUAUGUUACAGGAAAUAAACAUCUCCGCGAAAACCCAUCAGACGCCCACGUGUAUUCCAUGAUCCGUUUCAGGACCCCAGUGACGGAGCUCUAAGAUGUCUAUGGUGCUUUUUGCCUCGGUGGUGAGGGUGAGGGACGGGCUUCCCCUCUCCGCCUCCACGGACUACGAGCAGGACAGGGGCGUGCAGGAGACCAAGAAGCACCUGAAGGGCCUCUCCAAAAAACUCAGCCAGUUCCCCGACCGCUGCACGCUGAAAAGCGGCCACUACAAUGUGAAUUUCACAAGUUCUCUAGGAGUGGGGUAUCUGAUGGUCUGCACGGACAGCUACCCCAACGUUCUGGCCUUCUGCUUCCUGGAUGAGCUGCAGAGGGAGUUCAUCGUCACGUACGACACCAAGCGGAUAACCGGAGCCAUCCGGCCGUAUUCCUUCAUCGAGUUCGACACCUUCAUCCAGAAGACCAAGCAGCGGUACAACAGCCCGCGAUCCCUGUCCACCAAGAUCAACCUGACGGACAUGCAGACGGAGAUCAAGCUCCGCCCACCCUACCAGCUGUCCGUCGAGGAUGUGGGAGUGGCCAAUGGCUACUCGCUCCACACCCCCUCCAAGUACAAGGGCAUCGCAGCCCCUAACCAGGUCCUGGAGCCCGUGACGCUGCCGGGGGUUGUGUCCUGUGUGCUGAGUCUGCUCUGCACCUGUCUGAACCUGCUGCGUGGAGUCCACGCCAUCGAGAGCAUCAUACAGAAUGAAGAUGAAGACUAUAAUUACGUUAUUGCCUUUUUCCUGGGAAUGGCAGCCUGCCUGUAUCAGUUCUACCUGUUUGCGUACUGCACGGUGUGGCGCAGCGGGAAGUCCUUCCUGUGCCUGGCCCUGAUCUGCCUGUGCAACCUGUACCUGCACGAGCUGCGCAACGUGUGGCAGGUGCUGUUCCACGUGGCGGUGGGGGCCUUCGCCACGCUGCAGAUCCACCUGCGCCAACCGCAGGGCAAGGCCCCGGACUACACCGUCUGACGCCGAGGCUGCUGGGAACUCUGAACCCUCCCCCCCCCCCCCGCAUCCCCCCCCCCCCCCCCCCCCGCCAAUCACAGAAGCUCAGGAGUUCGGAGACCGCUUACGCCAAAUUCCGUCUGGACUGCAGCCUCCUGGGAUCACAAACGGCCGGAACUGAGCGCGCACGGACUGAGGACUGAAGGAUCCUGGGUAAUCUGAGCUCUUGCGACGCAUCGUCGGUGCGGACGCCCAUCCUUCGUUUUUUGCACUGGUCCUGCUGGCGGCUUACAGCUUAUAUGCAUCUCGGUGUGUUUCCGUUAUCCUGAAUGUUGGCGUUGUACGUCCGUCUGCACCUUUGUGAAUGUUGACGCAGUAGAUGUUAAUUGAGAACAAGCAAAGACAAAUCGCAGUUUGUGUGACUUGUCUGGGGUUUUAUCAGAUCACACUUUUGCAGAGUUGUAAUCAGAAGAAGUGCAAUGCGAAUUGAAUGACAUGAAAAAAAUAAAUAACGUGCAAUGUUGAAACUGCAGCAGAGAGCUUUUGGCAUUUUCUCAUAAACUCUGUGCUGUGGAAAAAUAAAAAAAACAAAUAAGAAUAUAUUGGCUUGCUUUGACGGUAGCAGCUGGUUUACGGUCGUCCGUCAAGAGCCAGGUCGCACCUAAGCAAAAUAAAAUAAAAACAAAACUCCCGUCAGACGCGGCAUUUUAGAGAAAUGAACGAUCCGCCAGGAAGCAGUCGUCACGCGCGUGUCGGCGCCGGAAGGCGGAGCUCGCGGCUUCGCUCUCCUCUUGACGGAUGGCCCGAUUUAGCCGAUUUAUUUUGGCCUCUAAAAACCCGACUUUCCGCGGCGUAGCCCCAGAACCGAGGCCUAUUCCGUGCAAAAGCCUGGAGUGACGCUGCCGGCUAAUCAGGUAAAACAAGCCGCGGGAUGAUAACGGAAUAACUGAAUAAUAUUAUUUUUCACCGAAAACAGAGCGAAGAAAAAGUAACGGAAGAGAAAUCCGUUUUGAUUCAAACUUCUGAUAUUCGACGAAGGAGGCGUCAGGACAAUUAGCUGCGAGACGUAACUGGAAUAAUAAUUGUAACUAAAAAUGGGUAACUAACGAGUAAAUUAGGCCUAUAUUUUAAUUCCAGCGUCUGUUACUCACUGGAAAAAGUUUGCUUGAUAUCGAGGUGAAUGCUUAUGCAAGUGUGUUUCCAAUAAAUGUUACAUUGUACGUUUGUUUUUGUUUUUUUUUAUAUGAUUUUUUAUAACGCACAUUUGCUCCCACUCACCGGUUUUAAUAUUGAAAAAAUGCAGCCACAUUUGCAUUUUCGCUUCAAGGUGCAUGCGGUUCAUCAUCCACGCCCUGUUUUAUUCUGUUAAUAUUCAGUAACCUCUCAAGCGAAUUAAAUUCUUUAUCAAACAAA